CCCUUAGUGUACGCGCGCGACGCUCUGCUGCCGGAAGAGCCCGCCUUUCAGUACAUUCCUGCCGACGCCUCGCCGACAGCGCGUGCGGACGCUUUGGCCGAAUCGAUGGCAUUGUUGGCGGAAGGGCUCGACAGCGGAAGUCUCGUUCUGCAGUUCGAGCAAUUGAAUCGCAAGAAAAGCGGCGAAACCAUGAAUUGCGCGCGACUUCCCGACAACCUCUCCAAAAACCGCUACCGCGACAUCUCGCCCUACGACUCGACGCGCGUGGUUCUGCGCGACGCUCUGUCCGGCGAUUACAUCAACGCGUCGUUCGUGACGAUGCACGUGACCACCACUGGUGUGGCCUUGAGAUACAUCGCCACUCAGGGACCGCUGAAAGAGACCACAGAAGACUUCUGGCAAAUGGUUUGGGAACAGCAGUCGGCGCUCAUCAUAAUGGUGACGCCUCUGGAGGAGAAGGGACGCCAGAAGUGCCACAAAUAUUGGCCCGAAGAGGCGGACGACGAGUUGUGCGUUUUCGGCGCUCUUCGCGUGCGUCUCGUGCAACAGAGCGAUUGUUUGGCCACAAUUGAGCGCAUCUUUCAAAUCACGGAUUCCAAGACGCAGGAGGAGCGACGCGUGCGCCACCUGCAGUACCUGGCGUGGCCCGACCACGGCGUUCCCGAGCGCGACAACGACUUCCUCGAUCUCAUAGUGUCUGUGCGCGAGUUCCGGGCGCAGAGUUCGCAGCCAUUUGUGGUGCACUGUUCGGCGGGCAUCGGGAGGACAGGCGUCUUGAUCCUGAUGGAGGCGGCGAUGUGCGCCAUGGAGGCGAACGAAGCGAUCGGGGCGCUGGAGCUGGUGCGCGUGAUGCGCGAGCAGAGGGCCAUGCUCAUCCAGACGUCGUCGCAGUUCCGGUUCGUGUGCGAAGCGCUUCAUCGCGUGUUUCGCGACAAAAUCGUCGAACCAAAUCCUUCGCAUUCUUGGAUUCCUUACACCGAAAGCGAAUCCCUUUACAUGACUUUGGAUGUGGACGACAGUCACAUGACUCAAGGCUUUCCGGGCUUCAAAUGCGACGAAUAUUACGAAACGGUUAUCAAAGAAACGAGAAAAUACGUGCGAAGCGGCAAAAAGAUCUCUUUAUUGUGA